UUUUCCCCAGUUACUAAAGGCAUACUUUUCUUUUUUAGGCUUAAUUACAAAGUGAAUAAGAAUGUCAAUCAUUACAGUCCAGCUCGGUCAGUGCGGUAAUCAAAUUGGUCAGGAGGUGUUUAGUGCGAUCUGCAGCGAUGCCCAUGGCACACACGGGUUGUGUCCCAAGAAGGAGAAUGAAUCCUACUGUGACACUUGCAAAGAACGUUUUUUCUGCGAGGAGGAAUCUGAAGUACCUGUUGCCCGAGCUGUGCUUGUUGACAUGGAACCGAAAGUAAUCAGCCAAACCUUAUCAAGGGCUGCCAGGUCUGGCUACUGGAAAUACGAUGAUCGGUCGCACUUCUGUCAGAAGCAAGGGUCUGGGAACAACUGGGCAAACGGUUACUCUGUUCACGGGCCUAGACACAAAGAAGUAAUAAUGAAUCUGGUGCAAAAAGAAGCAGAGAAAUGCGAUCGACUCGGUGGAUUUUUCACAAUAAUGAGCAUGGCUGGUGGUACAGGAUCUGGCUUGGGAGCAUUUGUGACCCAGUGUUUAAGAGAAGCUUUUCCAACCUCAUUUAUACUAAACCAUGUUAUCUGGCCCUACGGCACUGGUGAGGUCAUUGUUCAAAACUACAACUCUGUUUUGACUCUGUCACAUCUGUACCAGUCAUCAGAUGCCCUUCUUGUUCAUGAAAAUGAUGUCAUCCACAAGAUCUGUGCUCAAUUGAUGAAUAUCAAACAGAUCUCCUUCAGGGAUGUAAAUCGAGUCAUUGCACAUCAGCUGGGGAGCGUUUUCCAGCCCACUUACACAGCAGAAAGUGGCUUGCACUAUAGCAGAAACCCAUUAGGAGACUUAAUGGAGGCGUUAGUUCCACAUCCCGAAUUCAAGAUGCUGGGUCUUUGUAACAUACCUCAGAUGCCUGAAAACUCCCUCGCUUACAGCACAUUCAGUUGGCCUGGACUCAUCAAACAUUUAAGGCAGAUGCUCAUUGCUAACGCUAAAAUGGAGGAAGGUAUUGAUUGGCAAGUACGACCACCAUGUCUAGGCUCCUCCAUCCCCUCCAGUCAUUCCACAAACAAGCCACAGCAUUUCAAUACUUCCAUUGCCAACCUGGUUAUCCUGCGAGGAAAAGAUGUGCACAGCGUAGACUUAGGAGGUUUUCGAGAUCCUUCAUUAUAUACAUCAUGGUUAAACCCUCAGGAUGCUUUCAAUGCGUGGAAAACACCAAGAGCCUUUAACAAGUACGAGAAGUCUGCUUCUUUGCUCAGCAAUAGCCAGUUCCUAAUUGACAAUGUCGUAGGAAAAGCUUGGAAUAUGUUUGCUUCCAGAGCCUAUAUUCACCAGUACACUAAAUUUGGAAUCGAAGAGGAAGAUUUCCUGGACAGCUUCACAGCUCUGGAACAAGUUAUCUCCAGUUACACCACCCUUUGA